CUUCACAGCUCAGCUCGGCUCUGCUCGGUGAAGCGGAAUUAGUAUACAUCCACUGACUACUGUGGAGGUUGCAUUGUUGUAAAUGCUUCAUGGCCCCUGCAGAUUUUGGAUUAAACAUACAUCAGGUUUUACUGGUUCCCUGCACGGAUAGCGCUGCUGUAAUCAGUCUGCUAUUUUAUAGGCUACACUUACUGGGCCUUAGUUUUAAUUGUCUAUCUGGACUCUUGAAGAGGACGUUGUUCUAACAGACUCUCGGGUUGAGUUAGACGAUACACAGACAUAAGGAUUGUUGGUGAAUAGGGUGUUGAACGUUUUCUUGACUCUAAUAGAACCAGUAAAAUCUUAUCCAGGAUCUUUCUGAAAAACGCUGAAGAAAGAAUAGCUUCCACGAUGAAUCGGGACAGAGCUAGCCCACAUACCUCCACCCUGCCAGAGUCCCCGGGUUGCAACUCUCCCGGUAGCGCCUUACUGCAGGGUCUGAAGAGGGUGUCUUCAUUGCUGAUCGACUGCAGGAAAACACCAGGGCAGAGUGGAUCUUCGAGAGGUGGACACGAGGAAAAUGGAGAUUUGAUUUCAUCAAGGGACACACCUAAACGUGGUUAUCUCGGUGGGAGGGGCUUAUCUGCUCACCUUCAACCACAUGUUGCUGACGAGGCAGAGAAGUGUCUCUCCAGAUCAGAACACUUCAAGAAACACCAGCAGAGAUGUAUAGGGAAGAAACCUCAACAUUGCUGCUCUGACUGUGGGAAGAAUUUCACUAGCCGGAGUUGCUUCAUUAUUCACCAGCGGAUUCACACCGGCGAGAGACCGUACUUCUGCUCUCAGUGUGGGAAGAGGCACAUCUCUGCAGGGCGUCUUAAAGAACACCAAAGAAUCCAUACAGGAGAGAAACCUUACAGAUGCUCACAGUGUGGGAAGAGUUUUGCUCUAUCUGGCACCUUAAAAACUCAUCUGAGAAUCCAUACAGGAGAGAAACCCUACUGCUGCUCUCAGUGUGGGAGGAGUUUUGCUGUAUCUACCGCCUUAAAAUCUCAUCUGAGAGUCCAUACAGGAGAGAAACCGUACUGCUGCUCUCAGUGUGGGAAGGGUUUUGCUGUAUCUAGUGCCUUAAAAUCGCAUUUGAUAAUUCAUACUGGCGAGAGGCCUUACCCCUGCCUUCGUUGUGGGAAAAGCUUUGUUAGUGCAGGAAACCUAACUGUACACAAGCGAAUACACACUGGAGAGAGGCCUUAUAGCUGUGAUCAGUGUGGAAAGAGCUUUGCUCUAGCUUCCGUUCUGACUUCACACCGGCGCAUACACACUGGAAAGAAACCUUAUAGCUGUGAACAGUGUGGGAAGAGCUUUGCCGUAGCUUCCUCCCUGAGUAGACACCAGCGAACACACACUGGAGAGAAACCUUAUGUUUGUCUUUGUGGAAAGAGCUUUGCUCAGUUAGGGACAAUGACAAGUCACCAGAAAACAAAAACGUGCCGUAUUUCAUCUCCAUCCUAUACGGCACCGGUUCCAGAUCCCUAAAUAAACUAUCAACAAAAAACUUCUCGUGAACAGUCAUAUCCAUCUCCCAUUGUUAAACAGUUGACUUAGUUUGAUCACCAUGGUAACCUGGAGCAUAAUAUGCUGCUCUGAUCCAGCAUCAGGUCUCCCCUGUGUCUGUAAUAUCACACAAUGGGAUUUAAAUGGAUAAAUGUUAUCAUAGAAGAUGUCAUAGUCAACCUGUGUGUGUGCUCAUAAAACGAAUCAAUGAUACAUUGGAUAAUCGGUCAAGGCAAGAACUAUGCAUAUUGUAACACCGGUUAAUGUAAUAACUUUUAGAUGUGCAAUGUAAUAUCUUGUACCCCAGAAAUUGAACGUAAAUCACAGAAAAGUGAUUAGUGGGUUUUUAAUGUGUAGGUGGCAGCUGCUGAGAAGUACCUGGUUGUACAAUAUUUUACUGCAGGAGAGUUAAUAGAUGUUUUGAGAAGGAAAUAUAUAUGAACUCAGCAAAAAAAGAAACGUCCUCACACUGUCAACUGCGUUUAUUUUCAGCAGACUUAACAUGUGUAAAGAUUUGUAUGAACAUAAGAUAA